AUGUGAUGUAGUCUUCACUUCCUGUCUAAGUGUGUGUCGUCGUGCAAACAUGGCUGCCUCCGGUUGCAGAGGCGUGAGGUCGAUUUUAUGGAAGUAUGGGAGCUGCGCGAAGAAUUUGUAUGUGUCCCGAUCAAAGAUGGUCCCGCAGCUGCCACUCAGACAGAUUUCUGUGGCAUCUUCUUUAUGGAAGAAGAACCUGGCAGCAGCAGGUCCUCAGAAAUUCACACAGGAGUUCAUCGACAAACAGCUGGAGGAGUUUGAAGUUGGCAAACGACAUUUGGCUAACAUGAUGGGAGAAGACCCAGAGACAUUCACACAAGAGGAUAUUGAUAGGAGUAUUGCAUAUCUCUUCCCCUCUGGACUCUUUGAGAAACGAGCAAGACCUGUUAUGAAGCACCCAGAGGAAAUAUUCCCAAAACAGACAGCUAUCCAGUGGGAUGCAGAAGGACGCCCUUUUCACUUUCUGUUCUACACAGGGAAACAGUCCUACUAUUCUCUCUUGCACGAUGUCUAUGAGAAGAUUCUCGCAAUAGAAAGACACCAGGACAAGAUGAGAAAUAAAGGCCUCUUCGCAUCAGAUACCAAACAAAUAUUGCUGACUGGGAGCAGGUGGCUGUUAAAAGAGGAAAUCGAGGAGAAUCUGGUAGAGAACAUUUCGGAUCAAGAUUACCUGCGGUUGAUCCAGCUGAUGGAGAAGUUGUUGUCCAUGCCUUACUGCUCUCUGGAGGAGGAGUUCAUACUGAAGUUCCGGAAACAGCUGGAGGUUCAGUCCAGUAAAUACCAGAUCCCUGCCCUGCAGUACGACCCACAAGGAGUCGCUUUCAGCGUUGCAGAUGGCAGAAGGAAGACUGCCAAAGCCAGUAUCACCCUCAGAGACAGUGGCUCUGGGAACAUCACGAUCAAUGGCAGAAACUACCUCCACUACUUUCCUGUACUACAAAACAGGGAGCAGCUGAUGUUUCCUCUGCUCUUUGUGGGCAUGAUGGGCCGGUUUGACAUUGAAGGCAGUGUGGAGGGCAGUGGUCACUCUGCUCAGGCUGGGGCUCUGCGCCUGGCCAUCUCAAGGGCACUGCUCAGCUUUGUGUCGGAGGGAGAAGUUGAAAAGAUGAGGCAAGCUGGCCUGCUGACCGCGGACCCCAGGAUCAGGGAGAGGAAGAAACCAGGACAGGAGGGAGCGCGGAAGAAGUUCACUUGGAAAAAGCGCUGAACAGGAAAGGAUCAAAACAGCAGGAACUUCUCUCUCUCACUGGACUAUUGGAUUAUUCUGCAGACACUCAUACCCAUAAACCAGCCCUACUGCAUCAAACCAGCUUGCAUCAGACUAUUGGUUGGUGGCACUGGACAUUUGUGAGCAGAGAGGAAAUUAUGAUUUUUCGGAGAUUUAAUUAUUGUGCAAAUUAAAGCUGUAUUGAAAAUGUUAAUAUAAACAUCUUUCAAUAAACGUUUGGUUUUUCAUAAGU